AUGCAUCUUGGGUCAUUCGCUCGUCUAAGUUCUUCUCUAUACGUUCUCCAUCACCGCAUCAUGAUCAGCUUCGUCGGUUAUGGAUCCGUUCGGAUCUCCCCAUACUUAGACUUUCUUCCCUCUCCUUUCGCUUCUCUUCCCUUCUCUUCUUCCCUCUCUUCCGCAUCUUCCGUGUCUUCCAUAUCUUCCGUGUCUCCCGUCCGUCUCUUUCUUCUAUCCCCACCUCUACUACAUCUACCCUCAUCUGAAGAUCCUUACAAAAUCCAUCUCAAACCAGUUCGCUUAUAGCUAUAUACUAUCAUAUCAUAUACUAGUCAACCAUCUUUGAUCGCCCCACUUUCGAUCCAGACCGAUUACCUGGAAACGCCAGGACCCAAUAGUCUUGCGGUACUAUCAACUUCCUACAUAUAUUGAUAUAGGAGGGGCAUACUAUUUAGCCACCUUCAUCUCAACACUCAUCCUCUUUUUCUCUCAACUGUCAUCUUUCAUCUCGUCCUCAUGGCAGCAACCUCAAAUCCACUCUCGAUGGCUUCGUAUCCAUCUUAUCCUCCUCCCCCAUACAGCAUGGGACAUCAAAUGGAGAGCUACAACCCAUACCAGCGAUUCCUAUCGCCAUCACCAUCUCGACGCACCCUCGGCCAUCAAAGGUCCACGUCCCUUCCAUCGCCCUAUUUCGACGGGCAGCUCCAGUAUUCGAUGGAGCCCAGAAGGCGACGGGACCCGCCAAGUUACUAUCAACAGCCCUCCCGCCGGGCUCCUCGUCACGGGAGACAUCAACGCGCAUUGACGAGCAUCGACGUCAUCGAUCGUCUUGAUGACGCGGGUGUCUUCCAGUACCAUCAUGAAGGACCCUACGAUGCAGCAUGCUCCAACAAGAACCGACACGGCAAGCUGAGCCCCGUCGACGCUCUGAAGGAAUCCAACGCCGCGGCCCUCCGCGCCACGCCUCACGAGAAGAUCCGCGACUGCAUCGACAGCCACCGCCCACUCGACGGGGUGGCUUACUACCCUCCUGGCCACACGGACGACAACGGCCACUCGUACGACUACGAGGAAGGCCCCAAUAUGGUCAACGACUAUGGCAACUUCAUGCGCAUUCCUUGUGCGAGAUUCACCGAUGAGGAUUUUAAGAAUGAUCCUUUUUACAACACUCCUCUUCCGAAGCCGUUUGUUUCGAUCCGAAAGGCGUUCCAGCGCCGUCGCAACCGCCGCGACACUGCCUAGGUAGGGUUGAUUUGGCCAUGCUGCCCUGUAGUGGAUGCGGUGCAUCCCGGUAGGGCAUGCAUGGUCUGGGAAAAGGAAUGGCGUUGAUGGGUCAUGGUUCGAAUUUGUUUCAUUAUGAUAUGAUUUUGAUAUGAUUUUGAUUAUUUUGAUUGAUCUUGAUUAUCUUUGGGAAGAUACCAUGGGGAACAGGAGGAUGGUCUGAAAUUGUCAAUGUCUUUGGGGAGUUUGAGAGAUAGGAGUUACCAUGGAUGCUUUGUUAUUAUCUCAUGUUGAUCAUGCUCUUUGUCAUUGUUUACUUCAUGUUGUUCGGGUUUUUGUAUCAUCUUUCGAGGAAUCAUACUUCGAGCAAUCAGCCACCAAUGGAUU